GGCUUCGUGAAAGAGGCUUCUCGCCAGAUCCUGGCCGGUGGUUCCGCUGCAUCCCUCCUUAAUUCCAAGGAAAAGCAUUAAGACUGCCAUUGGGGUCUUGUAGAAAUUUGCCUGAUGCAUCCCCUCGAUGUGGUGAAAACCAGGUUCCAGAUUCAGAGAUGUGCAACCGAUCCAAACAGUUAUAAAAGCUUGGGAGACAGCUUUCGAACGAUUUUCCGAAUAGAAGGAUUGUUUGGUUUCUACAAGGGGAUUCUGCCACCAAUCUUGGCUGAAACACCAAAAAGAGCAGUGAAGUUUUUCACCUUUGAGCAGUACAAGAAAUUGCUAGGAUACGUGUCACUGUCGCCAGCAUUGACGUUUGCCAUUGCUGGAUUAGGAUCUGGACUAACAGAAGCUAUCGUGGUUAACCCUUUUGAGGUAGUAAAAGUUGGCUUGCAAGCGAAUCGGAACAAAUUUACGGAGCAACCAUCCACGAUGAGUUAUGCAAGACACAUCAUUAAGAAGGAAGGCUUGGGAUUCCAGGGCCUCAACAAAGGAUUUACAGCAACUUUGGGACGUCACGGAGUUUUCAACAUGGUUUAUUUUGGCUUCUACUACAAUGUCAAAAACAUUAUUCCUGUCAAUAAGGAUCCAACCUUGGAGUUUUUGAGAAAAUUUGGGAUUGGUCUUCUCUCAGGCACAAUAGCCUCAGUCAUUAACAUCCCUUUUGAUGUUGCCAAAAGUAGGAUUCAAGGGCCUCAGCCAGUUCCUGGAGAGAUCAAGUACAGAACCUGUUUUCAAACAAUGGCAACAGUCUACCGGGAAGAAGGGAUUUUCGCUUUGUACAAAGGCCUGCUUCCCAAGAUUAUGAGGCUUGGACCAGGUGGUGCAGUGAUGCUGCUGGUUUAUGAGUACACCCAUUCAUGGCUUCAGGAGAACUGGUGAUUGCCUAGGAGGUGUUGAGAUCAUGGAUAUUUGCUCUACAGCACCGUAAGGAGAGACUAUCAGCUCAGCUGAUAUGAUUGUAAAUUAUAAUUAUACAAUUACAUACAGUCAUUAAAGGGGAACAAUUUAAUCAAGAACAAAACCUAUUUUGAUACUUCAGAAAUUAUCUCUAGACAAUUUGAGACUGUGGUUUUGGCCAUAUCCAUAAAUCUGUGAGAAGAAAAAUAGUAUGAAGUAAUGAGGUAUGUAAAUUGAACAUAGAAAAUAGCAUAGAAAUUAGAUAUAUUUCAUAAAAGCUAUAUAAAUCUCAUGCUCUGUAUUCCUCUUACACUGCUUCACAGUGAAAAUCCAUUGUAUUGAUAAUUUUUUCCCACGAGGUCAAGAAAUGCUUAAAGUAAUUUAAAAACUUGAAGCCAAAAUUUGAACAGUUUUUAUAUGGAAUUAAAUUCUCCCAUAAAUAAUAUUUAAAAGGCACAAGGAAAUUGUUUUUAAAGUACACUAAAAUGGCAUUUUUAAAAGGUUGAAUUUUAUGUUAAAAUUUAAAUCUGGUGGUGGUCUUUAGAGUAAUAAUAUACAUCACAACUAUAUUUUCCCAAAACUACUUUAUAUUUUGCACUGUUGUUUAAAGCAGGUCAUAUUUUUAAAUCCUGAUACAUGAAGGUUUUUGUGGCAAAUAGAACACAUGAAAAUUUCCUUCACAUAAUUCCCUUUGAAAAUAGUUUUUCUUGCUGAAAUAUUUUCAUGUUAAAACACAGUUGGAACCACUCCUUGGGCCCAUUUUUGCUGUCUGUAUUUGCAUCCAGGUAUCUUUGUUCAGACCUCUUACCUUUGCCAUUCUUAAAAAGAACUACAUUUCCAAGUUAUCCAUUUUAAAUGACAGCUUCAGGUGUGAAGUCAACUAUCUGUGGUGUUAAAAUGUGUACUAUGAAGGGGAAAAUGUUUCAAAAUAGAAGUACAUUCUUAGCAUUUCCAAAGAUUCCUGUACUAACAUGCACUCUAAGAAACAGCUCCUUGGCACUGAUAUAACCAGAUUUGAUUUUAUAUUUGCAUCCUGAAAUGAUGCUACUUCAGUAGCUACAGUCAACCAAAAUAUCUGCCCAUUCUAGAUGACACCUGUUCUUAACUACUACUGAGGCAUAUUUCUACCGUGAGGCUAUGUCACUAAAGCAUUUUGAAAAUAAAAAAUAAAAGAUAACAUGAUAAUUAUUACUUUUUAUUAAUUUAGAGCAUUUGAAGUAUAAAAAUAAAGGCUUUUUGACAUACUGUAUAUACAUACACAGCCUUCGGUUGUACAUCCUUUCCAACGUGGUUUUUAAUUUAUAUUUCAGCCCAAUAUUCCAGAAGAGGGUCAUUAAACAAGAGAAAUAAGAAUGUGUCUGUUGUACAACUGUGUUCUAUCCUUGCAGGUAACGCUCUUGCAUCUUGUGAGGGAGAGAAAUGCCUGCAUAGAGGCCAUGAAAUUGAACCUUUAACCUCUCCCUGUGAAUGGGAUGGAAAAGGAUCUCUGAAGAGUGCAUUUGCCAGUUUAAAAACAACACUUUUACCCCCUAAAAAACAAAGGAAAUAUGUCAACAUUAGCCAGUAUAAUAGCAUUUAUAAAUCAAACAAUCCCAAUCCCCUACCCCAUCCUAUUUUCCUUCUUUGAUUUUUAGAAGUAGCUUUAAAUCAUAUUUUGCUUUAAAUAGCAAAUCGCAUUUUAACUUUCUGUUGUCUUUCUUAAGUUACUCCAUGUGAAUUCACUGUUGCUAAGAAAAGACCUGGGGGAAAAGGGAAAAAAAAAAUCUUGGUAUCAUUAACAUUAGAUUUUUUAAAAAUACAAGAACCAGAAAAAAUUAUAAAUAGCAUUAAUAAGAGAUUUCUUAAUUUAGAUAAAGAAAAUAAUAUUUCAUUGUGUUUCCAUACAAAUGAUUGGUAUUUUUUUAAAGACUCCUAGUAGCCAUCUAAAAAAAUAUCUGAUAAGGGAUAAUUCUAUACCUUAUGUCAGUUUUUCUGGACGGCAGGAGAGUCCCUGUAUGGUAUGGUUUUAAAGUCUCCACCAAGAUAUUGGACUGGUAUCUUCGUUCCAUUCGGUUUAUAGUCUAUUUUCUCACCAGACUGGGAACUCCAGAUGUCAACAGGAGUUUUAGAAGAUCAAAGGAAGACUAUGGCCCUGAGAGUUCAUCUGCUCCUUCUGCUUAUUCUUCUCCUGAAGUUAUAAUCCUCUGUUUGUAGCACUGAAUUUUGCUUUAGAAAUAAAUGCAGUUCAAAGCUCUCUCUAGAAGAUAGCUGUUGCUUGAAGCAAGCAAUUCCUCAAAUACAACUUCUGUGUCAGAAAUCUGCUUACUGUUUAUAUGCUAGUGAUCUGAAACCUCGCUCGUCUAGCCAUCUGAGUUUUAAGUGAAGCCAUGAAACCGAUGUGGUGGAACUGGACUGCCGUGUGGACUGUGCAUAGCACAGACAGGAAGAAAUCAGGAUCACCUCACGAACACUUCUUUAACAUCCACAUCUAGUGAUGUGCCCUUUUAGUUAUUGCACAGAAUUAAUACCAAAAGAAAAAAAACCCACAAUAUAUUAAUUUUCCAAUAGAUGAAUUGUACCGAUGUUUUAAAAAUGUAGUUUUAAGCCUACAUGUUGCCAAGCAGGAAGAACUUUCUAAACAGAAGAGAAGAACUGUAGAAUUUUGCCCAAGAAAAGCAGUUGUUUUAAACUACAACACAUAGCACAUGCUCACACACACGUAUACCCCACAGCUCUGCGAUUAACAUUGAAGUGAAAACCCAACUGUUCUAGAAAGAUGGAAACUAUGUCCUGUAACUCCAGAAAUGAAUAAAGGGAAUUUAAAACAA